AUGGUGGGAGUAAUUGAUGAAUUAGGUUACUCCUCUAUUGGUGAGCUGGAACUGCGAGAACUGAAAACACGAGCAACCCCAACCUUGCCUCGACUGGCUCAGAGGAGAACUCAUGAGCUCCAGGUUUGUACAUACAAACUGCUGUUUGAUGGCAUGGUGAGUGGUGUUCUACAAUCAGAAUAUUUAAUCCAGAUCUUGAACCUGAGGCCAGAACAAGAACUGGGACCUCAGGUAAAGGAAAAUGCAAUUCAGUGUGGGCUGACUGUGUCUACAUUGAAAGAUAUCAUAGAGCUGACCUGCCUGAACCUGACAUUCUCAGAGUUACCCAAGAUUGACAGCUUGAAGCUGGAAUAUUGCUAUCAAGGGGAUGGAACCUUUUUAGGAUGUGACAUGGUGAACUUUAAAGAGGAGAAUGUUAUGGAACAAGUGACAUUUUAUUUAUCCUUCUGGAAAGGACAGAGAGAGAUCCAAGGAGUUGAUAUAGAAGAUGUCUGGAAGUGCAGAAUGUGUGACUAUUCUAAUAUAUGUAAAUGGAGAAAACAGCACAGGACUCCAACAAAGAGGUUUAAAUAA